AUGAGGUGGUUCAAGGAUGGAGACAGAAAUACCAAGUUUUUUCAUAAUUAUGUAAAAGGAAAAAGGAGGAAGUUGGCAGUUCAGACUAUACAGAAUAGUCAAGGGGACUGGUUACACACAAAUGCUGAUAUUGGACAGGAAGUUAUUUCUUUCUAUCAACACCAAUUCAGACAAGAAGCAACAUCAAGUGAUUAUGAUAUGCUUAAGAAGAUUCCUAAGGUGAUCACUAAUGCACAAAAUGAGGACCUGACUGCUUUACCUAGUGAUGAAGAAGUCAAGAAUGCAGUGUUUGGAUUAAAUGGGGAUAGUACUGGUGGUCCAGAUGUUUUUUUAGGCCAUUUCUUUCAAACAUGUUGGAGUAGCAUAGGUAGAGAUGUAACUAAUAUGGUAAGGGCCUUCUUCUGUGGUCAAGAACUGCCAAGAUGCAUCACUCACACAAAUCUUGUGUUGAUUCAAAAAAAGGAGAAUAUAAACACCUUUGCUGAUCUGAGACCUAUCAGUCUAAGCAGUUUUGCUAAUAAAAUCAUCUCUACAGUUUUGCAUAAAAGAAUUGUUCCAUUGUUGCCUGCUAUAAUAUCAACCACUCAAACUGGUUUUGUUAAAGGUAGGAGCAUUGUGGAGAGUGUACUAUUGGCCCAAGAGAUCAUCAAGGAUAUUAAUAAGAGAAACAAACUACACAAUGUGGUGGUAAAGCUUGACAUGGCAAAAGCUUAUGAUAGAGUUUCAUGGAUAUACUUAACUAAAGUUCUUAGACAGUUUGGUUUCUCUGAAAUUAUCAUAGCUAUGUCAUCAAGAGGUUUGAAGCAAGGUGAUCCACUCUCCCCAACACUGUUCAUAAUAGCUACUGAGGUUUUGGCCAUAAAUUUGAAUGACUUGUAUGAUGAUCCAGCAUUCAAGGGCUAUGGUAUGCCAAAGUGGAGUCCUCAGAUAAAUCAUCUAUCAUAUGCAGAUGACACAGUCUUAUUUUACUCAGCAAAUCCUGUGUCUUUGAGAAAGAUGAUGAAGGUGCUAAGAAACUAUGAGAAAGUGUCAGGUCAGCUGGUAAACAAUGAGAAGAGCUCUUUCUACUUGCAUGAGAAGGUCACAGCAGGUGUUGUUGGUAGAGUAAAAAGGAAGACUGGGAUGGGGAAAAGAACUUUUCCAUUUACAUACUUGGGAUGUCCAGUCUUCUAUGGAAGAAGAAAAAUUGUGUAUUAUGAAGGUUUAAUAAAAAAGACUAUGCCAGUUUAUCUGUUAUCUGUUAUGAAUCCAUUAAAAGGGGUGAUAGAGCAGCUGCACAAGAUUUUUGCCAAAUUCUUUUGGAAUAAUACUACCGGAAUUAAAGGAAAACACUGGGUUGCAUGGGAGAAGAUAACAUCAGUGUCAUUAUGGGGUUCUUUCAUGGCUAACAAGUACUGCAAAAAACUUCAUCCUGUUAUUGCACAAGCCAGGGAUGCAUCUCAUGCAUGGAAGAAAAUAGUAACUGUAAGGGAAGACAUUGAACACAAUAUAAAGUGGCAGAUCAAGGCAGGUACAUCUACUUUCUGGUUUGAUAACUGGACAAGACAAGGGGCAUUGUUUUUUGUGGAUAAUGAGCACAACUUGGAAGAUGAGUUUGAAGUUAAGGAAUAUAUUCUGAAUAGUGAAUGGGAUCAACAGAAAUUAACCUCAGUUUUGUCAAGUGAAACAGUGGAAUACAUAGUGGAAAAUAUCAGUCCUGCUUUGGUGGAGGUUGAUAAUGAUAAGGCCUGGUGGAUGGGGGAAAAUAGUGGUCAAUUCUUUAUUAAGAGUGCAUGGGAAGAGGUAAGGCAAAAACAAGAAACUAGAUCAGUGUAUAAAUUCAUAUGGUUAAAGGGCAUGCCAAUAAAGAUCAGUUUCUUCUUGUGGAGACCGUGGAAAGGGAGGAUUGCUACUGAUGAUAAUCUUAAGAGGAUGCAUAUAAGUCUUGUAUCAAGAUGCUGGUGUUGUGAGGAUCAUAAGCCAGAGACCAUGUCUCAUUUAUUUCUAACAUCUCCAACAGCUUUUAAGCUUUGGAAACAGUUUGCUUCUUGUGCAGGUUUAAAUAUAGAAGGGUUUCACCUGCAACAAGUCAUUACACUUUGGUGGACAGCUCCUGCAUCACACAAGUUGCAUACCAUCUUUCAAGCCAUUCCUGCUAUCCUAGUAUGGGAAAUAUGGAAAAGGAGAAAUUCUAUUAAGCAUGGCAGAAAUACUACAUACAUCAAAAUGGUGUAUCAAGUUCAGCAGACUAUAUACCAGCUGGUUCAAGUGAAAUAUCCAUAG